GAGAGGUACUGUCGUCUUCACAGAUCUCCAAAGAGUGCUCGUUAGUAUUUCGGCUCAGGUCUUUCACAGUCAUGUUGAGAGCCAGGGAACCGGGCUCAUUGGCCGUGCUGGCCUCCACCCUUCUUCUGGGAUGCGGUGUGGCGUUUUCCCUCGGACAGAAUGAGACGGAACCCGUAGUUUUGGAAGGGAAAUGUUUAGUUGUUUGUGACUCGAACCCGUCCGCCGAAGGAGGAGUGACCUCGUCGUUUGGGAUAUCCGUCCGAGCUGCUGGUGCUAAAGUGGCAUUUUCUGCAGUCAGAGGAACUAACCAUGAACCGUCAGAAAUGAGUAACAAGUCCAUGACAAUCUACUUUGAUCAGGUACUUGUGAAUAUUGGAAAUCAUUUCGAUUUAAAGGCGAGUGUUUUCCAAGCCCCUCGGCGAGGCAUUUACAGCUUCAGCUUUCACGUUGUGAAGGUGUACAACCGACAGACAAUUCAGGUCAAUCUGAUGCAUAAUGAAUAUCCAAUAAUAUCAGCGUUUGCCGGUGAUCAAGACGUGACCCGGGAGGCAGCGAGUAACAGCGUUCUGCUUCACCUGGAGCGUGAAGACAGACUCUAUCUCAAACUGGAGAGAGGAAACCUUAUGGGCGGCUGGAAAUACUCCACGUUCUCCGGCUUUCUUGUUUUCCCUCUUUAACUGAAAAAGCCCAGAAUGAAGACCAAGAGACAUUUAGAAGAGAGCACAUGGAAUGCUAUGAUUAUUGUUAGGAUAUGAAGGAACAAGUUUGUAUGUAUGUAUGUAUGUAUGUAUGUAUGUAUGUAUGUAUGUGUGUAUGUGUGUGUGUGUGUCUGCGUUUAACUAUAUGUAAGAUUCAAAAGAAAGUAGGACAGUGACAAUAUCUGGACUAACUAAUGUGCAUAUUGCUUUGGGAAAGAGUGUGAUGUUAUUGUCAAUGACUUUUUUGCAUUCAGGAGCAUAUUUUGCACGAAUCGUGUUUCGUUAUGGGCUCGUCACUGUAUUUAUUUUUCGUAUAAACCUUAUAUAAAUUUGAUGUUCAAUAUGAGCAAAGUACAAAAACAGCCAUUUCUCUUUAAUCGAUGUUGUUUGGCUUAAUGAAUAGAUGAGCAAUGAUAUCUUGCGUUUUUAUAUUACUUGAAUGUAAAUAUGCCAUAUCACAAACACAAGGAAUGUAUUUAAUGUUUGUAUAUAAAACAUUUUGGCAAGAAGGGAAUAAAGUAAUUUAAGAGCGAGUGGUGGAAGGAGAAGAAUGUGUCGCUGUCCGUGGUCCUGAACAAAUGCUGUCAGUCAAAAAGUGCAUUAUUAUUUAUGCUAACCUAUAAACAUACAAAACAAUUAUCAGUUACAUUCAUACAGCAUACAUAUUGAGCCCCACACAGAUAUUUAAUGCACACUAGCAACCUCUACAGACUUCAUAAUCUAGAAAUUUGUAUUUUUAAGAGUAUAUUUAUAAACAUUAUUUAAAAUCUUCAGAUAUAUCUGAUUAAGCCUAUUGAUAGGGUGCAGAUUCAGAAAGGAUGAAAGCAACACCCUCCUAUAGAGAUCAAUACGAGAUGUCAUCCAGAUUUGUUGUAACUGCAGUUAAGGCAUGACAUGUUUUUUAAGACUCUGUCUAACGCUAGAGUGAACUUUAAAGGUUUAACAUUUAUAGCAUUUAUGUAUUUUUCAAAGCAUGGCUAGGAAACGAGAUGGAAAUUAGGCAAUUUAUUACCAUGGGCACAAUUAAAAACUGUGAAGACAGCAUUAUUUGGAGGUGAAAUGCAAAUGUGAUGAGGUAUGAGAAUGAUGUGGGUGUUAAGUGUUAAACAGUAGAAUAUUCCUUCCAAAAGCAGAGCUUAAAAAGACACUAGCACAUAUUUUCAGCGAUCAAGACAGUGUCAUUGUAUAAUAGUAUACAUAGUGUGAGAUAUCAGUGGGUAUCCAGUGAUUAUGCUAGAUAAUAUUUAAAAAAUUUGAUUUGAUGUUUGACCUCAUGUUGAG